AUGGAGUUACUCGAUCCUGGGGAGCCAUUGGAGGACAACCUGCUGAGCGUACGGAAGUCAAUGGUGGGCCGCACCCACUCCCUACCCAACGACAGCUAUAUGUUCCUGCCUCUGGAGCCCUUCGGAUCCCCAGGAGCCGGCCUGGCCCCUGGUUUAGCCUCACAGACACAGGCUGCAGGGCCACAGCACAUAGAGACCCUCAACGAAGCCCUGUCAGGUACAGUACAGACACUCCUUCUCAACGCCAACACUGUUCACACACACACACACGCAGGGACCAACACACCAGCCAGGUCACUCGAGAUCCAAGACAAUAUUCGAUGGCCGUCCAGGUCCCAGGACUUUCGGGAGAAGAUAUUAAAACUGGCCGCUAUGGGGCAAUGGUGAGUGCUAUUAACAUCAAGUAGGGUUAAGGUUUGUUAGGGCGAAAUGGACGGGGAUGGAAGCUCCGGUCUCAUGCUCAAUCCCAGUGCUAGCCACUCUUCUUUUUUUUUACCCUAUCACAAACUUUAACCCUUACCUUAACCAUUCGGAAUAAUUGCCUAAACUCUACAAUUGUUUAUCCCCCACCCCAGACAAACGUUGGAUAUUGAAGUCAGACCGUGAGACCUUGUUGCAUGCACACAUGUACACUCACUCGCUCACUCUCUCACACACAUACACACACACACACACACACACACACACACACACACACACACACACACACACACACACACAAACACACACACACACACACACACACACACACAGACACAGACAGACAGUAUCCUUUCCCCUCGAUAAAAGUGUUCAGGAAAACCAAAAGUAAUUUAUAGACAGUAGUACCCAGAGCCAACCUUACCCACACCCUACUGUUUUGAAAAUGACUUUUUGUUUUUGUGUGAGAAGAACUAGUUAUAUCUGUGUUGUGUGUGUUUCCUCAGGCUCCUGUACCUCGGUGCAGUCCCAACCAGAGGACAGCUCCAAGCAGUUGGCUGUUCCUACAGACUUCUUCAGACCCAUCAGUCCUCACAGCCUUUCACACUCCCAGAGUAUACACACACUCAGUCGCACCCUCCGCAGACAGGUGAGACACACACACAUAGCCACAGCAACACACACACCGGAGGUAACUAAUGUGGUCUACCAGAAAUGACAUCAUUGUGUUUUUCUUCUCAUGUUUCUACUAUGAUGUUAUGUUCUUCCUGUUCUUCCUCUCUCUCUUUCCUCUCUGUCCUUCCUCUCUGUUUAUUCUCUGUCCUUCCUCUCUGUCCUUCCUCUCUGUUCUUCCUGUCCUUCCUCUCUGUCCUUCCUCUCUGUCCUUCCUCUCUGUUAUUCCUGUCCUUCCUCUGUCUUUCCUCUUUGUCUUUCCUGUCCUUCCUCUCUGUCCUUCCUCUCUGUCCUUCCUAUCUGUCCUUCCUCUCUGUCUUUCCUCUCUGUCCUUCCUCUCUGUGUUUCAUCUCUGUCCUUCCUCUCUGUUCUUCCUCUCUGUUCUUCCCGUCCUUCCUCUCUGUCCUUCCUUUCUGUCCUUCCUCUCUGUCCUUCCUCUCUGUUCUUCCUGUCCUUCCUCUCUGUCCUUCCUCUCUGUCUUUCCUCUCUGUUCUUCCUCUCUGUUCUUCCUGUCCUUCCUCUCUGUCCUUCCUCUCUGUCCUUCCUGUCUUUCCUCUCUGUCCUUCCGCUCUGUUCUAUCUGUCCUUCCUCUCUGUUCUUCCUCUCUGUCCUUCCUCUUUGUCUUUCCUCUCUGUCUUCCUGUCUGUCCUUCCUCUCUGUGUUUCCUCUCUGUCCUUCCUCUCUGUCCUUCCUAUCUGUUCUUCCUCUCUGUUCUUCCUAUCCUUCCUCUCUGACCUUCCUCUCUGUACUUCCUCUCUGUACUUCAUCUCUGUCCUUCCUGUCUUUCCUCUCUGUCCUUCCUCUCUGUCCUUCCUGUCCUUCCUCUCUGUGUUUCCUCUCUGGCCUUCCCCUCUUGCUUUCCUCUCUGUCCUUCCUCUCUGUCCUCCUAGCUCUCAUUGUGCUCAUAAUGCUGUCCAUCUUCUCUCCUCCCUCUGACUCCCUUCUUCCUUUCUGUUUUCUGUGUUACUAUCGUCUCCAUCCCUCCUCCCUCACAAUGCUCUCCAUCUUCUGUCCAUCUCUCUGUCCAUCCGCUUGCCUCCCUGUCCUGUAUCUAUCCUGUACCUGUUACUGACAGAGUGUAGUUCAGUAACCAUCAGACCCAGAACUACAGCUGAAACACAGAUAUUCCUGGUUCUGAAACAGUCAAACAGCACACUUCACUAAUCACUGACCUGUUAUCACUGAUAUACUGAGCAUCCCUAUUCCCCCUACACCCCCCCAACAAACACUCACACACACACCUUUCCUACUCCUCCCCUCCUUCCUCCCACCAUUCCUUGUCUGUCUGUCUGUCUUCUUCUAACCAUCUGCCACACACAAUUAAUCUCACCUGUCGCAGGUAGUGUUGAACAUAGUUUUGGAAUGGGUAGACUGUGUUAAUUCUCAUAGAAAUAGGGGACUAUAAUAUUUAUGAAGCCCUAUAGGGUAAUAUGAACUACCUUAUAUAUAAUAUAAUUUGAACUCAGUUUGCCUAUGAAUUGUAGGCGUUGGCCUACAUAUCACAAUAUUGUAACUAUUACACUGUUAUAACUCAGGGUUUAAAUCAGGACUGUCAGUUCUGUCCAUGACAAUAUUCGGCCACAUAUUUUAUAUGACUGUUUUGGAGCACUUGUUGGCCUUUUUGGGCAAGGUUGUGAUUGUAUGAAGAUGAUUUUGUUUAUGAAAUAGUUACUAUUGAGAAAAAGUUAUGAUGUUUUAUGUUACCGAGUAUGACAGGAAAUGUUCUACAAUCACAAAUAGGUAUUGAUUCUAAAUGUAGGUGGAGUAGUCUCCAUUGUUGGUUCUACUGUAGCUGUGGCUUGGCUAUAAUGUCUAAGUCCACUAGAUGUCACUGUUGUCACAUCUAUGCUUUCUGUCAAGACUCACAAAUAUCAGUCACAAAUAUUCUAUAAACAUUCAUGUCCCGUUUGUCCCAAAACUUUCAAAUAGUUUCCUUUUCUUUUUUUCUGUCACAUGGCAACCAAGAUACUGCAGAAGAUAAGGAAAGAGGGCUAUAUGAGAUGUUUAUAGUGUGUCAUUGUGUUCUACUAACCUUUCCUCUCCUGUAGUACCCUCUGCCCUCUGACCUUUCCUCUCCUGUAGUACCCUCUGCCCUCCGACCUUUCCUCUCCUGUAGUACCCUCUGCCCUCCGACCUUUCCUCUCCUGUAGUACCCUCUGCCCUCCGACCUUUCCUCUCCUGUAGUACCCUUUGCCCUCCGACUUUUCCUCUCCUGUAGUUCCCUCUGCCCUCCGACCUUUCCUCUCCUGUAGUUCCCUCUGCUCUCCGACCUUUCCUCUCCUGUAGUACCCUCUGCCCUCCGACCUUUCCUCUCCUGUAGUACCCUCUGCCCUCCGACCUUUCCUCUCCUGUAGUACCCUCUGCCCUCCGACCUUUCCUCUCCUGUAGUACCCUCUGCCCUCCGACCUUUCCUCUCCUGUAGUACCCUCUGCCCUCCGACCUUUCCUCUCCUGUAGUACCCUCUGCCCUCCGACCUUUCCUCUCCUGUAGUACCCUCUGCCCUCCGACCUUUCCUCUCCUGUAGUACCCUCUGCCCUCCGACCUUUCCUCUCCUGUAGUACCCUCUGCCCUCCGACCUUUCCUCUCCUGUAGUACCCUCUGCCCUCCGACCUUUCCUCUCCUGUAGUUCCCUCUGCCCUCCGACCCUCUGAGGAGACAAAGCUGAAGGGCUGUCCUGCAGUACCACCCUCUAAAAUUCCAAUAGAUUUUACUCCUUGGGGUGAUAACUGACUGGGCUAUAAGGACAGAGGGUAUUGUCGGUUUUGGGCAUUGGUUGAGGCUCAGAGUGCAGUGUGCCAAGACCAGACAUAUCAGAAUACUGUAUUGGGCGCUCACUCCCACAUGGACCACUUGACCCUACGCCCUAUGCUCUUGUGGAUAUCUUAGAGCAGGGUUCCCCAACUGGCGGCGGUUUAAUUGCCCUCCCCCUCCCCAUGUUUUCUAAGAAAAAAAUAUAUAAUAAUAAUAAUAAUAAUAAUAAUAAUAAUAAUAAUACUUAUUUUUUUCUUCUAGUUGAUGAAUCUAGUUGAUGAUCCCUGUCUAAGAGGAUUUGAUUGGUAUAAGCAAUAUGGUGAAACCUACACCUAGUGUAGGGUAUAGUGGUCGAUUUGGGAUUGGCCCUAACACAUUGGGCAACCAUGGUUGUACCCAGUGCCCUAGCUGAGAUAAACUGGACCCUACGACUGCUGCUGCUGUAAAACACAUGCUGUCACUGAAUCUCUUUGGAAACAGAUACUCUUGACACAUAUCUGAAUCUGAAAUUGUUCUCUUGUGCAAUAAACAUACAGCAAUACACUUAAUAGUUGACCUAUAAGUUCAAUGUACUGCAAUUUCAACAUUACGUCUGUAUCACAAUGAGGCAGAGAGGGUAUUGGGAGCAUGCUGGUCUAACAAUGAACUCUGACCUUCAUGGCUCUUGGCCAUCCUCACCCAGUCACCCCACACUAACCUGUCUCCCCCCUCUCACCCCCUUAUGUCCCCCUAUAACCCCAUCCCCUGUCUCUCACUCUCUCCCUCGCUGCCUCACCCCUCUCCCUGUCCAUCCUUCCCGCUCCUCUUCCACCUUUCUCCCUUUCUAUCAAAUAGCUGAGCUACAUCCCUGCCGGCCAUUCCCUCCCCUACCCUGGACGACGCUGGGCCAAUUGUGCGCCGCCCAUGAGUCUCCCGGUCGCAGUGCUAACUGUGCCACUAGAGAUUCUGGUUCGAAUCCAGGCUCUGUCGCAGCCGGCCGCGACCGGGAGACUCAUGGGCGGCGCACAAUUGGCCCAGCGUCGUCCAGGGUAGGGGAGGGAAUGGCCGGCAGGGAUGUAGCUCAGUUGAUAGAGCAUGGCGUUUGCAACGCCAGGGUUGUGGGUUCGAUUCCCACAGGGGGCCAGUAUAAACAAAUAUGUAUUCACUAACUGUAAGUCGCUCUGGAUAAGAGCGUCUGCUAAAUGACUAAAAUGUAAAAUGUAAAUGUAUCAAACUCUCACUUACUUCCUCACCCUUCCUAAUCCCUCCCCCUCCCCCCUCCCUUCCCCCUCCGCCUCCCUCUCCCCCUCCCUCUCCCUCUCCACCUCCCCCUCCCUCUCUGCCUCCCUCUCCCCCCUUCCUUCACCAGGUAGCAAUAUCUAAUGACUCCCAGGAGGCCCUGUGUUCUGACGGAGGGGAGGGUAAGGAGGUAGUCCUCGAUGUAGCUUCCCUAGCCCUCUCCCUUUCCUCCUCUUCCUCUUCCUCGUCCUCCCAUCUUCAUCACCAGCCUGCUCUCCGGCUGGUCCCUGCCACCCCAGGGGCAUCCCCUCAACCGUCGCGCCCCAGCAGUGUCCACACCCAGCACACCUCCUCCCCCUCCUCCCCCUCCUUACCCCCUCCUCCCCUUCCCUCCACUCGCCCCUGGAGAGAGGAAGAGGCCUCGGCCGAUCAGGAAGUGUCGUUAAUCACCAGAGCGGGGCUGGCGGGAAUUGAGGAUGUCAUCGGGGUCGGAUUGGGGUCAGAGGACGGAGGUCUCGAGGGCAGUUACCAAGGUUACUGGGUUGGUCGUCGUGCGGGGUGCGGGCCGUGCCUGAGGCAGUUGAAGAGGUUCCACAGUGCUGACACCCAGGGGCGGAGCGUCCUUGCGCCCCGGCCACGCCCACUGUCCUGGUUGGACGAUCUUCGUCGCCACUCAGUGGAGGUGUGUUCGUCUGUAGAGUCCAGCCCACAGCGCAGUACAAUAUCCACAUCCUCAGGGUUCGUCUCCCGAGCAGACAGCCUCCAGAUCCAGUCCCAGACCACCACACAGACCCUGCCCUCUCCCCGACGCAAGAAAAAGAUGAGCCCCCCGUGUAUCUCCGUAGACCCCCCUGAUGGACUGGAGCCCCAGUCCGGCCUCCACCCUUCCCCGGGAGGGUUGGGGGGCCUGGGGAUGCCCCCUCCCUUACCCGGCCGGGAUACCUCCUGUCUAAGGAGACGGGCUCCCUCCAGUGACUCCAAGGACUCCUUUGACCUGGGGGUAGGGGAGGGGCUGGGGCUUGGGCUGGGCCAGGAGGGA